CAGUCGGACGUCGCUUCGCUUGGAGCUCAGCCACAACAACACUGGGCCAAGUGAGCUCUGCGAUGCGCCGUGUAGAAUUAAUGUUUCGUAUUAGUUUCGCUGUGUUCAGUAAAAAAGUAGAUUACGCGUUUACUUAAAAGGCAGUUCAUUGAAACAGUUGCUUGGUAGUUCAGGUUUCGAGGCUUUCCUUCUCUAGCGCUUAAGCUAGCAGAGCGGGCGAGCAGGUUGACUUGCAUAGACAGUCAACGGUCAACCGUGGUCGGUUAGAGCAUCAUGGCAGUGUCGCUGGUGAAAGCGUGCCGCAGCCUGGCUCUGUCGACGUGGCUGCUGUCUUUCUGCUUCGUACACCUGCUGUGCCUGGACUUCACCGUGGCCGAGAAAGAAGAGUGGUACACGGCCUUUGUCAACAUCACCUACGUGGACCCGGUGACCUCGGAGCUGCGGACGGAGAAGACUGAGUGCGGGCGGUACGGAGAGCAUUCACCCAAGCGGGAGGCUCGGGGGACCGUGCUGCUGCCCGCGCCUGGACACGACAGGCAGGCCUGCGACAGUAACACCAGGUUCCCCACCAGCCGUGACCACCAGAGCCCAUGGAUAGCGCUCAUAGCCCGGGGGAACUGCACGUACCGAGAGAAAAUCCGGCUCGCAGCGAGCCUCAAUGCCUCCGCCGUGGUCAUCUUCAACGUGGGAUCGAGUAACUCCAACGAAACUAUAACCAUGCCUCACCAAGGAACAGGGGACGUGGUGGCCAUCAUGAUCCCAGAGCCGAAAGGGCGGGAGAUUGUGGCCCUGCUGGAGAAGAAUGUGACCGUAAUCAUGCACAUCACUAUUGGCACACGCAACCUCCAGAAAUAUGUGAGCCGCACCUCCGUGGUCUUCGUCUCCAUCUCCUUCAUUGUCCUCAUGAUCAUCUCACUGGCCUGGCUCGUCUUUUACUACAUCCAGCGGUUCCGCUACGCUAACGCACGAGAUCGCAACCAGAGGCGACUGGGGGAUGCUGCAAAGAAGGCCAUCAGCAAGCUUCAAGUUCGGACUAUCAGGAAGGGGGACAAGGAAACAGAGUCAGAUUUUGACAACUGUGCUGUGUGCAUCGAAGGCUACAAGCCCAAUGAUGUAGUGAGGAUACUGCCAUGCCGGCAUGUCUUCCAUAAGAACUGUGUGGACCCAUGGCUGCAGGACCACAGAACCUGUCCCAUGUGCAAGAUGAACAUCCUCAAAGCUCUCGGCAUCCCGCCAAACGCGGACUGUUCUGAUGAUAUUCCCCCUGACUACGAGCUGUCACUGGGCGGCCCUCCCACUAACGCUGUGACUGGGGCCAGCGACGUGACUGUGAGCGAGAGCUCUGUGGUGCUCGACCCUGCUGUGAGGACAGUUGGCCUGCCACACCUUUACCACGAGCACGAUUCACAGCUUGAUGAGGGUCACCACAUCGCCAGCAGUGAGCACCAGCCGCCUCUGAGCAGCGACUCGGACACUUCGCUCAUCCUGCCUGUGGAAGUGGGCCUGUCUGAUGUAGAACUCUCUGCUGGAGCUGAGCAGGAGGAGACCAAGUCCUGAGUGAAAAGCCUGGUCAGCGCAGACAGAGCUCUAGAGGGGGCUCCUAUGGAGCCAAGUAUGGAACAGGACCAUGGUGGAAAUUACACUACAAAAAGACCAUAAGCAAUAUAGCAUCACAGAUGUGCAGCCUCCUUAACUGUCCCCCACGGCCUCAUCAGCAUCUACCAAGAACAGAACGUUCAUUUACCAAAAAAAAAAAAAAAUCUGCUUUUCUCUUUGCGCUCUCUGUGACUGUAUUCACACCAGGUUGGUCUUGUCUUCUCUGCUCAGCUACUUUUGCGUUACUGGACUGGGAAAAGCACACGGCCAGUUUCUGGCUAUUUCCAUACCGGAUCAGUCAACCCUUUGGACUCUGGAAAUUAUGACCCUGAAUUUCCUUGUGGGAUCACUGCCAGCAUACACAAAUAUAUCCCAGAAUGAAACAAGUAAUCUAUAUAUACAAAUAUGUAUAGAUGUGAACAUCUUACUGCAUUUGCUGUGGCAAACGCAAGUUGAGUGCAAUCCAGCCAGCGCUGAUGAACCAGUACCUGUUUGGAAUACAAUCCUGUGUUAUGUGUGAAAUUUUCCUUUGAGAGGUCACCAGUGCUCGUAGUUUGCACAUUGGCUGCCAUUUUAGUGUCUUUCGAAUUCGGCUGCAUCGCAGAGCUUUUACUGUAGCAUCAAGACUUACGUUAUCCCUCCAUUACCAGGUCUGGUUGAGUGGUCUGAGGAGCAAACAAUUCAGCCCAGACUAAGCCUGAGUGCUUUGGUAACUACCCCGUCAGUCACUAUUUACACAUGAACUGGUGUGAGGCAUAAAAUGUUAAUUAGUUAGGCCACAUAAAUGACUUGUUCUAGAAACAUCUGUUUUACUUGGCUUAUAAUUGGUGGUGGAUCAGGGUGUACUGAAAUACUGGUUACUUGGGAUUUAGGUUCAAUUUAAAUUGGAUUCUUGGGUUUUGGGUUCAAUUUAAAGUUGAACUGAAAGUAAGUUACUUUUGGUUCAUCUUAUGAGUCCAUCUGGCUACUCUCUUAAAAAUAAAGGGUCUUUAUAAAAGGGGUCUUUUAGAGUAAUGCCAUAGAACAGGGGAUCCCGACCUGGUUCCCAAGAUGGUCCACAUGUUUCCUUUAUCCCUAGGUGUUGCGAGUAAAGUUGAAGCAAAAACAUGGACCAUCUGGAUGGGGGCCUGAGGACUAUAUUGGGAAACAUUGCCAUGGAGCAAGAGUUGUUCUGGCCCUGGAUAUUGCUAUGACAAUGAAACACAGUCAGUUACAUCAAAAGGUCAGUUAACUUCCAAACAAAAUACAGGGCCGGAAACUGGAUUUAAGGUCCAGAUUUGAAGGCCUCUGGCUUGUGGUUUUCUAAAAAACAUUUCAGUGGAUGUUUCAUCAUAGCAGCAGUUAUUAGUUUGGUUUGGCUCUAAUCUGGACCAUCCGUGGACAGAUUUCAGACACACUGCUUUAUUUACCAUUUUUGCAAAUAAGUAAUCAUAAUGUAAAAGUUCUAUAGCAAUUAUAGCUUUUUACUUAUACCAUACGAGCAAGUCAAGAACCGUUUAAGAACCUUUAUUUUGAAGAGCAUGCCCCUUCCAGAUUCUCUUUAGUCAAUGUAAUCGUUUGCUGUAGGCUUCAUGUCCUCUGAAGUGCCACUUGAGCUUGUAAAGGCGACUUUUCCCGGCAUUCAUCUUGUUGUGCCAUGCAUGAAAAACAAGUCUUUUCUCAGUGUAAGGUGGGACGGCAGUUGUGUUGAAUGUCUUAGUUCACGUUCAAAGACGUCAGCAAGAGCAGUAGAUCGAGCCGUCUGUUGUUUCUUCCCAAAGUGUCCUCAUAGGAGAAUCGAUAGAGCUGCUGAAAGUCUCCCUUACUCCACACAGAAGUCAGAUUAAGGCACUUUGCCAAAUAUAUUCAUAUAUAUUCGUAACUUGCCCAUAUUCUUUUUUGAUACAAGAGCGUAUUAGUGGUGUGAUAAUUUGGUGUGAAUGUCUGGUGUGAACGGUUUCGGUGUGCACAGAAAACGUCAAAUCGCAAAUCACUUUUUAUUGCACAGUGCGUAUAGGAGAGCAAAAGUCUAAUGAUGGACUUUUAUUUUAAUAUCAAAGUUUUAUUUUUCUAAAAAAACAAAUAAAAAUCAAGGAAAAUAGCCGUCCCUGUUUACAUUCAGUAAGGAAUUAGGAGAAAUAGAGAAAUUCAGAGACCUUUAGUACUUUACCCCCUGCUUUUGUUUGAAUAUUUUUAUUUACUCACCCAUCAUUCUUUAGUUUUAAGCAUUUUCCUUUCAAAGUUCACAUCAUUUAUGUGUCUUUGUGCUUAUCUUUUGAGGACACCUCCGUGGAGAAUGAAUGUGAAUGCAGUCCUGUUGUUGCAGACGUGUCCUUAUCCCUGUUUGCAGUAGGUAAUUUACACAGAAGCUUGAAUGAAAAUUCAUUUCUCUGUGUGUAUUUGUGUAUUUCCCUUUGACUUGCAAGAACUUGCCAAAUGAUAAGCACACACGUACCUGUUCCUGACAGUGGAGAGCAUUCAGUUGCACAUUAGAAUGUUUCAGAAUACUAACCAAAGCAGCUGUUUCACUUUACACCCUUCCUUCCAACAGCUUUUUGUGUGUUGUGUGUUUUCCUCAUUGAUUCUGUGUACAUCUGGCCAUAUAUGUAUAUAAGACAGACCAGAGCGUUUAUGUAUUUAUUUUGUAUGUAUCGUUUUAGAUCAGUUACACGUGUGAGUGUCGUGUGGGGCCUGUGGCCUCAGUGCUGGGCUUUGAAUUGAUGGUAUAAAGAGCUUAAUUUGGAUUAAGUUAACAAGCACAAGUCAUUGUGAUCUGUCACUAUAGAUCUGGAUGUUUAGUCUAUACUGGUUUUACAGUCACGUCUGAUCACUCUUUAGCUUAUGUUUAAUAUAAGACCAGCUUUAUAGAGGGACUCUCCAUCUAAAUGUGAUAAAUGGUUUGAAUAUUAUGGGUUUUUUUGUAUUGUGGUGCUAAUUCAGUCAUUUAUUUUCAAUAGUUACUGCAAACCACAAUCAUUUCUGAUGGAAAAGUUUAUGAUCUUAGAAUUUAGGCUGUUUCGUGCUACCCUAUGGCCUGGUUUUACAGACGUCUUGGAUUAAUUUACACAGCUGAAUCCUUAAUCUAACCAGCCUUAUGUGAGCACAGCCAGAAUGAGUUUGGGAUGAAUUUGUAGCAUCUACAUUGACAUGCUUUAUUUCAGUGUUUUAUUGUAUUUUAUUAUGUUUCUUUGAAUGGUUUUGGUGCAUCCCGGUGCUGUUAGGUCUUUACAUGGACAUUUUUGUUCCAGCAGGGACUGUUAUAAUAAGCAUAUACUACCCGUACUACCCUAAGCUUUACCUCCACCCAAUGCUUUGGCAUUUCCUCUAAGCAUAUCUGCAGCAUGCUUUAAGCUGCAGCAGUCUAAUCACAGUUCUCCUGGUCUCCUCAGUAUUACUUUGCAGACACUACUGGACCAUUGAGGGUUUUACGUUAUGACACGUUAGCCUUUUAGCCUUUAAUGCAAAACCUUUUCUCAGUUUUCUCAGAAAUACCAUUCGGGUGGGCCUAAGAAGCCUAGGCAAGCAAGGUUUCCUCUGCUAAUGAAGAAAAAUGGUUUGGGGGGUGCGGUACUGUCCCCUUUUUUAGGCCACCCCUUUGCCUUUCCUCGCUUGAAUGUUAGUGUGUUUGCUACUCUACCAUAGCUGACCUUCUGGCGCUUUGGUCCUCUACAUAUCGAUCCUCUUCCAAGAUGCCAGAUUUGAAACCUUUUUUCGCUUCAAGGCUCCUUAUUGUGAGCCAGUUGUACUUACUCUCCUAGAAAGCACUUUAUCUCCUUUUCAGAGAGGCUGACACAUGAAACACACAAGUUCUCCUGAAUAAGCUCGCAGGGUGAUCUGAUAGCAAAUGUCGCAAGAGGGCUAUUGGAUGUUAUAUGAUACAUGCUGUUUAGGUGACUGUGGUUAUUUCAACCUUUAAAGUAACCACAGGUUUCAGGGUCAUUACAGAAGAUGAAGGUUGUAUACAGUAUCCAGCAGAGUUAAACAGUAUUGCUAUUUUUGUUAUUUAGAGGACAAUGUAAAUAUAUUCAGCCAUCUUGGUAUACUGUUCUAGUACAGUGUUGCACGUGUUUGAGUCUAUGAUUGUGAGGUACAAUAAAUUUUAUUUGCGAGUU